GUGUACUCCCUUCAGAACAGCAAAGAGGACAGAAUGGCCUAUGUGGAGCACAUCGUGGGGGGGGAGAUCACGCUGACCCUGCUGGAGGUUCUGUUCGGGGUGCUGGCUCUGGCCUUCCUCUCCGGCUGGUACAUCCGCCUGGCGGCUCAGGUCCUGGCCGUGGUGUUGCCCCUGGUGAUCCUGCUCAUCGACGGCAACCUAGGCUACUGGCACAACUCUCGCAAGGUGGAGUUCUGGAACCAGAUGAAGCUGAUCGGGCACAAUGUGGGUAUCUUCGGCGCUGUGCUGAUCCUGGCCACUGACGGUUGAACCCUCUGGGCUCUCACAGAUAACUUUAACAGACCCAGGUGUCUGAGGGGACUGUUGGCUUUACGCAGCAGCCCGACUUGAUACCCAAAGCUGCCGCCGCUCUGCGACCUCAGGGCUCAAACACUCCAGGCUGAGACUGUUGGAUGUAAGCAGCGUCAGUUGUCUUUGCCUACCAGUUGCGUAUUUUUGCUUUUGCAAGAAAAAGAAAAAACACAGGCUACCUUUUUCGCAAUUUAAUUAUUUAUUCAGAUCCAUGUUUACAUUUCUGUCUGUUAUGCUCUGAAACAUGACACUGAGUAUUGUUGUAUUUACUGAGAAAAUACCUUCUACAAAGAAGGUAGUCUUAAAUGGUAUAAUAUUUACAAGAUAUGGGUUUGCGAAUAAAGGGAAACUUAAAUUAUACUUAUGUUGCUUUUUAUAAUGGAAUGGGGUUUUGUUUAUUUGUAAUAAACAGUGUUUUUGAA